CUGUACGCUGGAACCUGCAGUUCUAAACCCUUCCACCAGGGUUCGCCAAAGAGCGAGUAAAACUUGUCUGAUCAACUUCCUGCAGCGUAGCCCCUUUGGCAGCUACUAGUCUUAACCUGGGACUAGAAGAGGAAUGUAAAUGUCUGAGGACCGUGAAGCGCAGGAGGACGAGCUGCUUGCUUUAGCGAGUAUCUACGAUGAGGAGGAGUUCCACCGGGCCGAGGCGGCCCAGGGUGGGGAGAUCCAGCUCUGCCUAGAGCUCCCAGCCGCCUUCAAAGUGGCGGUCAAAGGAGAGAAGCAGGCAGAGUACGACGUGUCCUUCCUGCCUCCUCUGGUGUUAAACUUUGAACUCCCCGUCGAUUACCCCACUGCCUCCUCCCCAGUGUUCACCCUGAGCUCCAAAUGGCUGACUCGAACACAAAUGAGCGCCUUGUGCAGACGUCUAGACCAGCUGUGGGGGGAGAACCAGGGCUGCGUGGUGCUCUUCACGUGGGUCCAGUUCCUGAAGGAGGAGGCCCUGGACUUCCUGGCCAUCGCGUCCCCUCUGGUGGUGGUGCGCAUGGGCAGCAAGGCUGCGCACGUGGACCGUAGUAGGGCCGACGCCGCAGCCGGACCUCGCCCGGAGAAUCUCCCUGACAACGAGGAAGACGUGAAGGAGAGGAAGAGGACGCAGGCGAAGACGAGGACCGAAGCCCAGUCCCCCUCCUCGGUUUCCCCCCCGCCCGAGGCCUCGGAGCAGGACCCCCGGGCCGUGCUGGUGGCGGACCCCCGGGCCGACCUCCUGCCCCAGCUGCUGGACUUCGACGAGGCCCAGCGGAAGAAGGUGUUUGACGGGCGCGUGUUCGGCUGCGGCAUCUGCUUCCUGGAGAAGCUUGGCGCGGCCUGCCUCUGCUUCAAGGAGUGCCAGCACGUGUACUGCCGGGACUGCAUGAGCGAGUACUUCCAGAUCCAGAUCCGCGACGGCAACGUCCGCUGCCUUAACUGUCCCGAGCCAAAGUGCAGCUCCCUGGCCACGCCGCUUCAGGUGAAGCAGCUGGUGGACGAGGAGCAGUUUGCCCGCUACGACCGGCUGCUGCUGCAGUCCAGCCUGGACCUGAUGGCGGACGUGGUGUACUGCCCGCGGCAGUCCUGUGGCAGCGCUGUCAUCCUGGAGCCCGACGCCACCAUGGGCAUCUGCCCCGCCUGCCAGUACGCCUUCUGCACCCUCUGCAAGCUGGGCUACCACGGCCUCUCGCACUGCAAGGUCACCUCAGACGAGCUGCGGAGCCUGCGUGAUGACUACCUGGCGGCGUCGCCCGAGGACCAGCGCUUCAUGGAGCAGCGCUUUGGCAAGCGGGUCAUCCAGCGGGCGGUGGAGGAGUCCUACAGCCGCGAGUGGCUCUCCGACAACUGCAAGUGCUGCCCCCGCUGUGGCACCAACAUCCAGAAGGUGGACGGCUGCAACAAGAUGACAUGCAGCUCCUGCAGGCAGUACUUCUGCUGGCUGUGCCUGGGGCAGUUGAGCAAGGUCAACCCCUACAGCCACUUCAACAACUCCGCCCUGCCCUGCUACAACCAACUCUUCCAAGGCGUGCAGAUAGACGACGAUGACGACGAGUUCUUGAGCGAUGAAGAAGACUGAUUCUCUCUCUCUCUCUCUCUCUCUCUGUCUCUCUGUCUCUGUGUCUGUGUCUCUCUGUCUGUCCUGGCCCAAUAUAAUUUGGGCCAGGCUCUGCCGGCUCCUGGCUGAAAAGUUGGCGUUGGGUUGGUUGCUGCUUUGAUGACACUAUUGUAGGAUGAAAUUAUACAGAUCACGGUCCACCACUGGCUGGAAACAUACGAGUCCAAACUUGAAUAUUAAAGAUUAAUAAGUUUUACUCCCAAGGGAUCCAAGCAUGACGGCUUGAUAUGUUUAACCUAAUUGGACUGAGGGUUUAUGUUCUAGAGAUUCUUCUUAUUACAUAACCUUCAUACAAGUCAUUCUCUAAAGGUGUAAUGUUGCAUUACAACACAAAAUAACUUCUAACUUUGAGCUCUAGAUAUCAUCUUGUUUUGAGACAUGAAGAUCCUUCAGUUCCCGGCUUUACUUGGCUAUGUUAGCCGUAAUACAUUUUUUUCAAAUAUUAUGCAAUCAUCAUCUUCAAUCAUAAUGCUGAAUACUGAACGGAAAACCCUUUUCCGUGGAACAGCGCAAUGAAGGCGCUCAAGCCAGACUUGUUCCAGACCACCUCGCAUCACGACAGUUGAACAGGUUUAAUAAAGUUCAGUUGGUUAUUUGGCCCUUCUUGCUUUUUUACCAUUUUUUACAGUUGCCACGUUAUCAGUAUGUGUUCAAUUUUGUGCCAUAACCACAGAAAAUAAUGAGGUUUUGUGUCAACGGAAAUCCACGUCAAUGCGUGGCAUCGUUGUAUGCUUUUGUUUGUUUUUGUUAUGCUGCUCAAAUGAUUUUCACGUCAAUAUGACCUGUUGAGUUUGCAUCAUGGAGGGUUGUCGUGACAUUAAUAACACUACAGUUUCUACCAGAAAGGGUUUUGUGGUUCAUGUUUUUAUUGCUUUUCAUCCAGUCAUUGUAAUGUUCAACAAAUAAAGCUUUGAAGGUCAAGAAACAUUGUAAAGUGAAAUAUUGUAUUUAAGUUAAAGCUGUUACUUUAAAUAAAUGAACUCACAACCCA